ACGUCGCGAGGUGGAAUUUCCCAGGUCACUUCCGCAAUAGUCUGGCAAUCAAAGACAAGAGGCCACUGCGAGCAGAAAGUUAAGAUGACCAUGUCUAGGAAGUGAGAGACGGCGAUGGAAGGUAAAGGUCCUUACCGCAUCUAUGAUCCAGGUGGGAGUGAGAUGAAGGCCAGAGAUGAGGCCGGAGGGGGAGUCAGCUAUCGACAGCUGCUGGAGGAGAACAGCAUCCUGAGGGAGCGGAUGAAGGGACUUAAGAGCUUAGGCGAUUUGCUGGAAGAGUCUCAGUCAGAGGCAUCAAGACUUCGACAGCGAGUGGAGGAACUUGUUCGAGAUAACGAAGCCCUCAAGUCCUCUAGCUUCGCUGCAAGUCUGUGUACAGGAGGACCCGUCCAGAUCGACACACAAAGUAAACCCUGUUUACAUACCACUGCAGAGCCGAAGGAAGAACAUACUAGCUGUAUAGGGAAGACACUGCAAUCUGAAAAGCCCAAUGAGGCCCUAGCAGAGUAUGAAGUUGUGAAUAUGGAGAAGAAGACUCCAGAUCCCUUGAUAGUAUGUACCAGAAACAAAGCUGGGUCAGUGGCAGGAGUAAUCCCUGUCCUGCCACAGGAGAACAUCGAGCUUGCGAGCCAGCUUAAGAGACUAGAGAGCUCCUUCAGCAUAUUCGCAGAGGAGUCCAACCCGAAUCAGCUGUUGGCUCACCUCGGCCGCAUGGCUGUGGAAUUUCACCAUCUUUCCUCUAAGGUCCAAAAGAAUGAACAGAGGACGUCCCUCCUACAGACUCUCUGUGAGCAGCUCAGACAGGAGAACAAUGAGCUGCGAAAGAAAAUGGAAGAGGACCAUCAUAUUAGGAAUCGAGACUUGGAGCAGCUGAGACAGGAGAACCAGAAACUCAAGGAGCUUGUCACAGGAGGAGCAGCAGUGACAGCAGCAGCAGCAGCAGCAGCAACAGCGUCAUCUGCCGCAACAUCUGAUACCGAAGCUCCAGAGGCCAAAGAGGAGCCAGUGAAGGAAGAAUCAGCAGCUGUACGACCUAAGAUGGAGGCCACCACACCACAGAAGAGUGGAAAAUCUGCAGAGAAAACCCCAACUAAACCUUGUGAUGUUGAGGUGUAUGAAAAGAAGAUCAAGCUUUUGGAGAAGCAGAGAAAGGAUGUACUGGAGGUGAACAAGCAGUGGGACAUUCAGUGGAACUCCAUGAAGUCACAGUUUGAACAGAAGAUCACAGAUCUCAGACAACGACUAGCUGAGUCCCAGAAAACUGUGCUCGAGCUGGAGGCAGAGCGAGAGCAGAGGCAGCGUGACUAUGACAAGAAGCUGCUACUUGCCAAAUCCAAGAUUGAAAAUGUACAGGGGGAAAAGGAGUGUCUCAACUCUGAGACCACUGAGCUAAAGCAGAAGAUUCGCUACCUGCAGGAUCAGCUGCUUCCCCUCAGCAAACAGAGGGAGUACCAGGAGAAGGAGAUCCAGCGCCUCAAUAGGGCUUUAGAGGAAGCCUUAAACCUGCACUCUCCUUCAUCCUCUCAACAACCACCUGGUCAGGGCAACUUUGCAGAUGCUGCCAAUAAUUUGAAGAAGCAGGAAUUGCUCACUCAAAUUGCUGUACUUAAAGAACAGGUGAAGAUCUUUGAAGAAGACUUCAGGAAAGAGAGGAGUGACAGAGAGCGAAUGAAUGAGGAAAAAGAGGAUCUGAGGCGACAAGUUGAGCGACUCCAGGGUCAGAUUACUAAUUUGACCAAUCAGCUUCAUCAGGCACAGAAUGAGUGUCAGAGAGAACGCACUGAGAGGUGUAAGCUGGAGAGGCUGCAGAUGCAUCAUAAACAGGGGCAGCAGCAGGAAAGACGUACUUCAGACCCCACGUCAGGCUCAGUGAACGGCCCGUUGAGUCCUCCCUACUGUGGUCCCUUUGUGCAGGUGGGACCGCAGGGCCUUGAGGGCUGGCCCAUACACUUCACUCCCCGGAUGCCCAAUGCAGCAGGCGCCACAGCCACAGCAGCACCGCCCCCUGUACGAGACUUCCAGCCUGUUACCCCGGGUUUUCCUUGGCAGUCAUCAUUCCCACAGCCCAGAGGGGCCAGAGCAGUUGGGGAAAGUUCAAGACCACCACCAGAGAAUGCAGAUCAGUCUGCUGCAGCAACAGCAGCAGCAGCCACUGCAGCAGCAGCGGCAGCUGCAGCAGCAGGUGGAGGUGGUGGUGGUGGAGGAGGAGGAGGAGGAGGAGGAUUUGGAAAACGGGAGAGACAAAACAUUGACCCUGGAAAGCACUAAAGCAUCACCGUACCCACCUAAACAAGUCUGGGUAGUAGCAUGAAACCAGUUUGUCUUUGAGUUGACAAGGUGUGAUUUGAUCUAUAAUUUUCCUACUGAACUGUAGAUAUCCAAUUGUAAUGUUGUUUAUACCAGCGUUUUAUAAGGCUAUUUGUGAAACACUUCGCUAUUCUGAAUGAAAUUUUAUUUAGAUUAUUAUUUUUUUUUUUUCAGGAUCUGAAGUCAUUUGUUAAAUAGGUUGAAUAAUUGUGAUCGUCUCUCUGCAAAUAUGUAACAACUUGACACUUAGUUUGUUACAUAGGAAGCCAUUCCCCAAUAUGACUAAGACUAUACAUACUUAUUCCAAUGCUGAAUGAUUAUAUAGGUACAUUAAAUCAGAAAAUUUAAUGUGAAUGUUAAAAUGAUUUAUGAAAAUCUCUCCAGUACCAUCAAUGUUAUAGAACUGUCCCAUAUGUGUAACUGUUCAAAAGUGGUUGUUGAAAUACGAAAAUUUGGGGGAAAUUCAUUUUGAUUUUAUCAUACCAAAAAACAUGAUUGUGAUUAUUGAUAAUUUAUUUAUAACUGUUUUGAUAGUUGCAUUGACUAAGUGUAAAUCAUUGUCUUUAGUAAUGCUGUUCUUUCUAUGUUAGUGUAAUCCCAAUAUAUUGUAGCUAUUAACAUUGUAUGUUUGUAUCGGACACAAUACACAAUGCACAAUACAUACAUAACCUUUUUUUUCUCCAUGACAAUGGACCUAAUCUCAUUAAACACAACACUUGUACUUUACCACAUUUGAUUUGAUCGCUCAUUCUCAUUUUGCUACUCUCUGUAUUGUUACCCAUGCUUUAGUCCCUGCACACAGCGUCUAGGUUACAGAAUGAAACCCUUUAGGCAGGAGAGUUUGCCAACUUCAACUAAUUUAGUUUAAGAAAUGGAAAUCAUAAAUACUGCUUAAACAAGAUAAAUAUUUGCACAAGUACCUCAAGGCUAUGGAUCCAGUUUUUCAGAAAGCACCUUCCACCAUGUUGUCUGGCUUUUCUCUGUGUGGACAGAGUGUUAGGGUAAGAGCACACACGGGAGCUAGAUAGUGACAGUGUUUAAAGGGAUACAUUUGAAGUCUCAAAUCCAGCCACUUCCUCAAAUGAAGACCCAUUAAGAUUUCCUUAAAAAGCAAUGUGUUCUGAUACAGGGGUUCAAAAUGUGUCUAAAUAAAUUUAGAAAACCAAUUGAAACUAAUUACAGGUAACAUUCUGAUAGGUGAGCCCCAACACGAGCUGUUAGCAAAACUGUACCUUGAAGAUUCCCCUUUUUUGCUGUUGGCAAAAGCACAUGUGAAACUUUUGUAUUUGACUGGCUUAAUAAAUUUAUUCCAAGUGUC